AUGGCUAUGGAUCAGUGCACCGAUGAUGUCAAGUAUGAAGAGGAGUUUAUCGUGAACUCCCGGGACACCAAGCUGUUCACCUGCUCAUGGAUGCCGCACAAUUCAGAGCCCAAAGCUUUGAUAUUCAUCUGCCAUGGGAUUGCAGCAGAGUGCAGUGUAUCAAUGAGAGAUACUGCCUCCCGUUUGGUGCGCGCCGGGUACGCCGUCUACGGGAUAGAUCACGAGGGGCACGGCAGGUCGUCUGGCCAGAGAUGCUACGUGCCGAACUUCAGCGACGUCGUUGCCGACUGCUCCAGCCAUUUCAUGAGCGUCUGCGAUAAGCCGGAGAACAGGGGGAAGAAGCGGUUCCUGUACGGGAUCUCCAUGGGCGGGAGCAUAGCGCUUCUCCUCCACAGGAAGGAGCCGGCCUACUGGGACGGCGCCGUUCUGCUUGCUCCAAUGUGCAAGAUUUCUGAUGACAUGAGGCCUCAUCCGGUGGUGGUGAGCGCUCUGAGGAUGGUAUGCGCGGUGGCGCCCGGUUGGAGGAUCAUACCCAUCCCGGACAUCAUCGACAAAGUCUGCAAAGAUCCAGAGAUGAGAAAACAGGUUCGCUCCAAUCCGUAUAUUUACAGGGGAAAGCUCCCAUUGAAGACCUGUCAUGAACUCCUCAUGGUGAGCCUAGACAUUGAGAAGAACUUGCACGAGGUGAGCCUGCCGUUCUUGGUGCUGCACGGAGGAGACGACAUCGUGACGGAUCCUUCGGUGAGCAAGCUGCUGUUCGAGGAAGCGUCGAGCGGGGACAAGGACUUGAAGCUCUACCCUGGGAUGUGGCACGCGCUCAUGGCAGAGUUCCCUCAGGACGCCGAGCGCGUCUACUCCGACAUCAUCUCUUGGCUGGACCAGAGGGCGAAUUGUGCAGCCAAUGUUUCAGCGAAUACUGGCACGGCAAGUGCCUAGAAGGUGUUAGUUAAUUAAUUAUGCAAUGCAAAAUAUGCCAAGUGUUCUGUUUCUUAGCAAAUGUCAAGUG